CGGCCGGACGAGGAGGGUCCACUCUCUGGAUACAUCCAGGCCGCCCCAACCCUCUCAGGCUCCCCCCCGCCAGAGCUUGCGCCAGAGGGAGCAAGACAGCCCACGGGGGUUCCGACCGCCCCCUCCCCUCUCCCACCCACACAGGUUGGCACUCCGGCAGCCCCAACGCGGGUGGAAGCCUCGGUCCAACCCUCCUCACUAUGCCCCUCCCCAUCUUCUGCCACUGCAGGUGCCCCCCGCACUGACCAUGGCACAUGCCCAGGCGGCCAAAGGGGCGCUCCCCACAAGAAGGGCAAGCAGGGCGAACUCUCGGGGGGGAGAUUUAAGUCGAACAAACUCCCUCUCAGCCCAUGACGCCUCACCGCGGCGAAUCCCACCUCACAAGCCCCACAGCUGAGCCUCGGGCAGGGCGCAGCCAUCGGGGGCCUCACUCCGCUUCCCUUCCCUAUGGCCCAGCCUAUCACACCCCCAUCUCGUUCCCCCCUUACCCCGCCCACGCAUCCCACCCGGGACCCUCUUUCUACAAUCCAGCCCUCACUCCCCGCCCGCCUCUUUGUACAAGCCCCAGGCUUCAUCCCCACCCCCAGGACGGCUCGGCGCGCAAGCGCAAGCGCACGCUCACCCGACACAGUCACCCGUCGUCGGCGACCAGGCCCGCUCACCCUCCCAGCCAUCCCACCCCCAACCACAGCGGAGGGUGGUCACCCUGCGGACCUCGGUGGGACGACCUGUCGGCCCCGGUACAGGUCGCCGGAAGGGGAGCAAGACCAAAGGGGCAUCGGGGACAGCUCGGCCACCGGGGCAGACGGACAGGAGCUCAGCCGAGAUGGAUAUCGAUACAGAGGCGGAGGGAGCGACUCCAGCACCUCCCAAGCAGCCCUACAUCCCCCCCCAGCGUCCAGGGCCGAGACGGCCCACCCACCAUGACCAACCAACGUGCCGUCCUUCCCCCACCCACAGGCGGACAGUCACAGGGGGCGGACUGGGAGACGGAGGCGGCAGUCGCCGACCUGCUCGGGAUCUGGAGCAUAUCUGCUACCCCCUCUGCGCCCCCCCUAGGCCCAGCACCCCGGGCCGCGAGCGACCUGGCCGACGACCCCCAUGCCGCCGCCCGGUUAUCUCCCUCCACAGCCCUCGCACCAGAGCGGAUGGCCAUCGACGACUCAGACGCGCCCCUUGCCCCCCUCACUCGGCCCAGGCGGGACUACGCCUCGAGGCGAUCGUACCUACGCUUUGUCAGCACACACGCACUCUGGCCCUCCCCUAGAGCCUGAUGCACCCCUUGCCCCUGCCACCAUCCCACCACCCCACACGGCCACAGCUCAGUCUCCUAUGGUCUCCCCUCUCAGCUCACGUCGGGAAGGAGCGUUUCCGCGGCCGAGUGCUAUAGACCCUCACCCCCCACCCACACCAGCUCAUGGCUUGACACCCGCGGCCGACCCCGCCACCGGUGUUUUCCCCUCCCCCCAGGAUGCAGGGGCCGCACCUAGGCCCUCGAGCCCCCCGCCGACCCCUCCCCCUCUUUCGACAUUGCCGCCGCCGCUGACCCCUGUCCGACCCCAGGUGGCAGGUGAGCCUCCUUCCCCGAUGGCGGGCGACUAUCGACCGGACCCGGUGGUCGAAUCGGCCGCCUCCACCGCCAGCUCUGACGAGACCGGCCACACCGAUCACGCGGACGAGUCCACGCCAGCCCAUGAGGUGAGAUGUCCCACGUGCCUUCACCUCAUGGCGGACGACAGAGCUCUCCGACACCACACACCUCACUGCACCCCGAGCGAUGAGGCACGCCGUGUGCAGGCCCGCCAGGAGGCCGCCUCGGUCCGCGGGUCACUCUCACGCCCGGAUUCAUCUGUUCCCGUCUUUUCGGACACGCAGUGGGCGCAGCUGGACUCUGUGGAUUGGAGAGAGUAUUUGUUUCCGUCCUGGACGCAUGCUCGCCCGCUCCGGUGCAUCCCGUCGAGGGUCCGAGGAGGCAUCUCUGAUGUCCUCCGUGAGAUCACCUCCCGUAUGGAGAAGUAUCCGGACGCCGACGGCCCCCACAUCUUGUUCACGGCGGUGCCGACGCUGUUCUUAGCGCCGGCCACUCCACCAGAGCGGGGCCACACAGCUUCCAUCGCGGCUCGCGUCGCACGCUUCUUCCGAGGCACCGAUACCUUUGUGACGAUCAGCCUGCGCGACCGACUGGAGAGGAUGGCUGGGGUGCUGCCGUGGCUCCCGAGGCUGCGGCAGCCACAGACAGCGGCGCGCCUGCUCUCCGCGUGUGUCAGCACACGUCCGCAGUACCUGGCGCGGACAGUCCCCCCAUCACCAGAGGUACGUGCCAUCUUUGCAGCGUGGGACGCGUGCUUGGGAGCGACCCUCCAGCAGCUCCUGGUGCGAGGUACGUGGAGGGAGAGGUAUGCGAUCUGUGAGGCAGCCCUGGAGCAGGCUUUCCUCCCGAUCCGCAUCGGGGGCUUCGGCAUCCGACGCAUGGAGCGCAUCGCCCCGGUGAGUUAUCUCUGUUCGUGGGUGCAGUGCGCACCGAUUCUCUGCUCGUUGCCGUCGGUGGGGGAGGGCUUCCGUCAGAGCUUCGCAUCAGGUGACCCCACCCAGAUCGAUCCGUACAUCAUGAUGGCUUAGGAGGCCCUGCCGGCGGACGUCCUACGCCUCAUGCCAGCCUGGCCUUCUUGCGCGACAGGAGCACCGGACGGCCUCUUCAGAGAGGCCAGCAGACACAUCGAGACGCACGCUUUGGAGUCGAAAGUCCUGGCAGGUCAGUGCUCGUGCGGAGAGGAGAUCGCCGACAUGUCGGUGCCGCAUCACGCGGUGAGGUGCGCACGCUUCGCGGUCGCCACGACCAUCCACGACACAGUGAAGUACAUGCUUCGUGACUUCGCGGACGAGGCCGGCUUCGCUGUCCAGGUGGAGGACACGGCGCUCAUUCCGCACCUGG